GAGGCACGCGGACUGCGCUAUGAGACCAGCAACAAGAGUAAAUGGGACGAGCAGGACACCUGCACACGUCUGUCUGACAGGAUUGACGAGGUGACCAAGUGGAAGGACAGUUUGCUAAAGUGUCUGGAUGACGUGGACACAGAAAUCAAGGCUCUGAGUAUAGUGAAAGAGAGCACAGAAAAGGCUCUGGCAGCGACAUCACUUCCUCUGGAUGUGGCGAUCGAGUGUCUGACGCUGCGCGAGGGUCGCCGUGGUAACGACCUGGUGAGAGACCAUGUGGAGGCGGAGCUACACAAAGAGGUGGAGGUGAUUGACAGGGCCCGGAAGGUGCUGCAGCAGAAAGUGAGCCAGGCCAUUGAACAGCUCUGUUUACUGCAGGAGGUCUGGCAGCAGCUGACCUUUGACCUGCGGCAGAAGAAUGAGGCUUUGGAUGUGGAUCAAAGCUGCCUGUCACUCAACGUGAACUCUGCAGGUUUGUCUCUGAAACUGAGCCCCUCCCGUGUGCCUCCAUGGUGAGUCGCUGCCCCCUGUCU